CGUUAACCUUGUUCUUGUGUUGACUCGGCGCACGGUCGAAGAUCUUGAGUGGAAGCCCUCCGUACUUAUCCCAGCAAAGCUCCAUCGGCGUCGGUCUCUCACUCAACUCUUCGCGAGGGACUUCCUAGGUUAAGAAUGGCCUAUACCCCUCACCCAGAUUCUCUCGAAAAUCGAAGUUCCCCUAUACAUAUACUUGUACAUAUACCUAUACCUACACCUAUACCUGUACAGAGGUAUUGGUAGCGCGAGUUGGAGUUAUUCUACUCUAGCUGCCCUGCCCCCAUUAAAACAGAGCAACGCCAACUGUCAACCGUCCCGCCAAACAAUUUGACAACGAAACGUCAUUCGCGACUCGUCUCGACUCACCAUGUCUCCAACUAUGAUGGCAGUCAUCUUUGCCAUGAUUGUCAUCCUUGGGUUGACUCUUUUGCGCCCGACUGCCCCUCGAGAUCCAAGAAGCCCUCCUGUGGCGUCCUCGACUAUCCCUUUAAUUGGCCAUAUUAUUGGUUUCCUACGACAGGGGAGCCUACCUGGGUACUCUAAGGUGACAUGACAUGAACUCCAUACAUUUCACAUUCUAACUAUCCCAAGCUCAAAACAUCCAUCCUGGCCAAUUUUCACCCUUGAAAUCUUCUCAGCCAAAAUUUAUGUGGCAACAUCCCCUGAUAUGAUUCGCUCUCUCUAUGCGAGCUCGAAAGCCCUGUCAUUUCAUCCCUUUACAGUAGCUUUCUCUACGAGGGUUCUUGGAGUCAAGAAAUAUGUCAUAGACAUCAUGGCAGCUAACAAUAGCGAAAAUCCAUACAUGCGUGCAAUCCAUGGGGCGUACAAAUGGUUUACUGCCAGGCCCCGAUUUGGUUCAGGUGAAUACAUCGGCUUUAGAUUCACUAGCCGAUGAGUUGAACACAAUUGGUACUUCAGAGCAACCCAAAAAACACUUCUUCGUUGGAUGCGGACUUCUUAUGCAAUCUCGUUAUCAAAGGCCUUUUAUGGACCCGACAAUCCGAUAUUGGACAAUCCGUCUUUUAUCCCACCAAUAUGGUAAUUCUAAGAAAUAUCCACUCCAAGUCCAAAACUAACACAUCUCAGGGACUUCGAAGAAAGUAUUCCAAUCCUAUUCGCAAAUAUUUUCCCGUCUAUCCUAGCACCAACAGCAAUCAAUACAAAAAAGCUACUUUUGCCUGCUUUCAAGGAGUACUACGACAAAGGUCUGGACAAGAAUGCAACGUAUUUCAUCAAAGCACGCGCUAAAGCAGCUCGCGAGUGUGGUAUUCCCAAUGCAGAUAUGGGCGCCUUCGAAAUCACAGUUCUGUUCGCGAGUCUCACGAAUGCCGUUCCCAACGCCUUUUCCAUGCUGUGUAAUGUUUUCGCGGACCCAGACCUUAAAGCCGAAAUAUGCGAAGAAGUUGCCGGCGUUACGACGAAAACUAUCAUUGACGGUGUAACCUACAUGACCAUUGAUACUACUGCAUUUACCGCAAAAUGCCCCCUACUCAUUGCAGCCUGGUAGGAAACCCUACGAGUCUGCGUCAACGUAAUCUCGAUUAGAGCAGUAGUAGAGGACGUCGUCACAAAAGAUAACUUUGCCCUUCAAAAAGGAGGCGUUGUCCAGCUCGCUACUGGACGCACUCAUCUAUCCGAGGAAAUCUGGGGCAAAGAUGCCAAAGUAUUCAACGCCCGGCGUUUCUUGGACGCAGACAAUCUUACCAAAGAAGAGAAAAAGGCUCGAACUCUUUCACCUUGGGGUGGCGGUAGGCAUCUUUGUCCUGGAAGGCAUUUUGCGUUCACCGAAGUGGGGGGGUUUGUUGCCAUCAUGGCCUAUGGAUUUGAAGUUAGGAUGCAGAAAGGAGGAGGGAAGGUUGAGGUGCCCCCUUUUAGGGUUCAGCAAGUUGGUAAGAACUCGAAAAGUCCUGCCCACGAUAGCGAGGUCUUUAUUAAGCGAAAGGAGGAGUUUAAAGAUGUGCGAUUCAGGUUUAAUGCUGAUCCUGCUUUAAGUAUUGUUCAAAAGCCAGUGGUUGGUGUGGAAUGA